CACAACCCCACCUUUGGGGCAUCACAGCGAGCUCUAAGUGACGACAUCUGCCGCCCUUGACCAGAACCCCCACCCCCAGAGAGCUUCGUGAGCAUUGACGAGAAGCUUUCAAGAUGGAGCAGACGAAAGCUCUCAACGCGCUCGAGCCCUUCCUGGCUCUGAGCAAGUCGGCCACUUCCCCACGCGCCGCAGCCGAUCUCAUCACCCGCGCGACUUCGAAUCCGAACACUUUCCUCUUCACAGAACUCCUCGAGACCCCGCAGAUCCAAGCCCUGUCCCAGUCCCCCGACUUCCUCCCGCACCUUCGCCUCCUCGAGAUAUUCUCCCAUGGCACCUACACCUCCUACCUCUCCUCCGGCCAGCAGCUGCCCCAGCUCAACGACGCCCAGACCCUCAAGCUCCGCCAGCUCUCCCUCCUAACCCUCGCCAGCGACCGCUCGAACCUGAGCUACGCCGCCCUCCAGUCCGCCCUCGGCCUCUCCUCGGCCCGCGCACUCGAGGACCUCGUCAUCUCGGCAAUCUACGCCGGCCUCAUUGAUGCCACCCUCGACCCCCGCCGCCAAGUCGUCCAGGUCAACUCCCUCGCCGCCCUGCGUGACCUUGCCCCCGGCGCCGUCCCGCCCAUGAUCCGCGCCCUGCACGCCUGGUCCUCGCGCUGCGAGUCCACACUCGAAGACCUCGAGGCCCAGAUCGCCGGCAUCCGCGACGCCGCCGCCCGCCGCCAGCGCGACAAGGCCGACCAGGAGGCCCGCCUAGCCAAGCUGGUCGAUGAGGUGCGCAAGGAUCCUGAGGCAGGGGCCGGGACCGGGAGAAAGCUCGCCGUCGGCCACGGCGGCGGCGGCGAGCGCGGGAGCGGCUUCCUGGGCCACACGUCCAGGGCACAGCGGUACAACAAGAGGGGUAGCACGAGCAUGAUGGACAACACGGCCGAGGACAUUGACGACGAGGCCAUGGAUGUGGACGAGGAGGACCCUGAGCAGGAGAAGAAACGUGCCAGUCGGCGGAAGCUUUAGCAUGGGUGAGGACGGCAGUUCUGCUUUGAGAGGGGGGCACACACAUACACACUCCUUUCCUGCUCAGGGAGCAAGGAGGGCCUUUGGAGAUCGAGAGUUUGAACCGCGGCAUUACGAGGACCACGAAGUAUCAGUCAAUGCCAGGUUAAUGAAUGGGAAGCGGGGAACAGCAUGAUCCGGAAAAGAAAAAGAAAACCAG